UACUUAACAGUAAUUUACUGGUGAUAUCUUAGAAUGAAAUGAGAAAAAAAUUACUUCACGAUCAUCUAAUGGCGAUCCUUUUUUUCUUUAUAUAGAGUUUCAAUCCCAUGUCAGAGCCAUUUGAUGAAUGGCCAUCUAAACUUGAUGCACAUGUUCUAAAUAGCAUGGAUGAAUCAUCAAACGGGGAGAAUAAAUUCGCAUUCCCAUGUGAGCCUACAUGUGAGGAAGAUGAUUAUGAAGUCACGGAAAGGAAAAUCAGAGCAUUCCUAGAUGAAAAGGCUAUUGAUCUGAAGAAAUUACAGACACCUCUAUAUGAGGAGUUCUUCAACAGCUUAAGCGCCAUUCCUGAAGCAUUCAGUCGGAAAGUUGGGGAUGAAUAUGAAGGCGAAGCAGAACAAACUUCUAAAGGCUCGAAGCGAUUUUCUAAUAAAAUCACAAAUGAUCCAACAACUCCUAUAUAUGCUGAUAAUGCCACUGCUGGGAGCCCAACUGUUCUAAAUACCGGCCUUGAGUGCAGGCCGGUUUUCCGAGAAAUUCCUUCAGCUCAACUCAAUGAGUGGGGAGAGCUUCUUCAAGAUUCCAAGUCUGAAGCCAACAGCCCAAGGCGCAAAAAGUGGAAAGAAGAGUUGGACCAAGAGCUAGAAAGGCAAAGAG